ACCAACGGACGAAUUUUUUUUUUUUGUCAACUUUUCUCAAAUUCUUGUGAUUCCUGUUUUGUAAUGUUGUUUUAUGUUCAUUUGUGUAUAUUAUAUGAUUGAUUCAAAGAAAUUUUCAAAAAUUUUGUCAUCAUUUUAAUGAUUCAUGUGAUAUAAGAAAAACGAGAUAUUCGAACAAAUGAAAUGGAAUGAAUUGGCAUAGAUUUUUCUGGGAUUUUUCUCCCAUCGAAACAAAAACGAAUCGAUAAAAAGACAACUUAGUGAUAACGCAAGAGAAAACAAUCGAAGAAGAACAAAAAAAAAAAUGACUGCCGAAGAAAGUUUCAAUUAUCUAUAUGUAACAUUACCAGCACAGGUAUCCGGUUCCAACCUGGAAAUGAUCAACAUAUUGACACCAAUAUUAAAUGUUGAUGAUAAUGGUAAAAAUCAUCAUCAUCAUCAAAAUGAAAAUUCAAAUAAUGGCCUCACUACUGCUAAUCAUCAUCGAUUAUCAUCAAAUGAUAUCGUACAUAAUGAUCAUCAUCAUCAUUCGAUUACCUUUGAAACAAUCGAUAUAAAAUCUGAAAAUGGAAUACUAACCAUAAAUACUGAUGAAAGUCAAACAUCACCAUCCGAUGUGGCCAUUAGCAUUGAUCCUGAUUUAGAUCUAAAACGUUAUGAACGAUUACAGAAAGAUAUUAUGCGAAAAAAGAUGGCACGUAUGCGUGAAACUGAACAACAACGAUUACAACGGCUACAAAAAGAUCGUGAACGUAAAAAACUUUCUCGUCAAAAUGAAACCUAUGAACAACGACAACGACGUUUGGAAAAGGACCGCAUCCGGAUACAACAACGUCGUGCAUUAGAAAGUGAUGAAGAACGAAAACGUCGAUUGGAAAAGAAUCGUCUUAGUAAACGUAAUGCUCGUAUCAAAGAAAAUCCACGAUACAAUUCCUAAUUGAUUGAUUAUUUUCAUUAUAUACAUGAUCCCACCAUUUAUAUAUCAACAGGAACGAUUCGAAUGGAAACCUAGCCGAAAUAAAAAACCGAAAAAAAAUGAAAAUACAAAUUCACAUUAUGUGUAACCAUGUGUAAAUAUAACAAAAUCAAACGAUGA